GCGGUAGCUUUCUGACACAUAUACAUACAUAUAAGUUUCUCUCUGGUUGUGUAUUGCAGUUAGGUUAAUCGUUAAAAAAUAAAUUAUAGGAAUCUAUCUAAAGUAUCAUAAUAAUCUCAGUAUCUCAAAUAAUCUUGACUUAUGUUUAUAUCGAAGAUCGAAACAUUUGGCGUUGAGUCAAAUUGGACAAUUGAUUAUGAACUUUCAUUAAGGUUAUGAAAGGUUUAUUUGGCGAGAAAUAACACGUACUUGCAGCUACAAAUGAUGAGAUACAAACAGAGGAACGUUCGAGGAUUACGAAGUGUAUUGUACAUAAGGAAUUUAUCUUAGAGACUACGUUACAUGAAGAUAAUCAUCGACAAUAUGAGAAAAUAUUAUCAAGCUGCUUUAGCUGUUACAGCGGUAGUGAGUCUCGUAUCUCUGCUCGUCUAUAGACACGAAUAUAACAAGCUCAGGUAUGUCUUAGAGGUAUUUAAUUACUUUGGGAAGCCUGGGCCACGAAGAGCGGAUGCGAAUUGUACGAACUUUAGUACAAGCUUCACCGUAUUCAACGCAAAAUUUGACGAACCGAUUCCCUCUUGGCAACACCUGGAAGAUGAUCUGUAUGUAUAUUCCGCGUACGGCAUCAAUGACAAAGAAAUACGAGCGGUUGGGCUUGGAACUGUGAACAGCGUCUCAAAUAUCCAAUGUCUCGUCUUCUUCGAGAAUGAGAAUAAACCUAUAUUGGGGAGUUUCAAAUUUAUUCCCAUUGGUAACGCGGUAGUUUCAAGUCUGGGAGAAAAUUCACGAUACGGAGGAUAUCAUUUUGUUUGUGCGUACACCAGCGACGAGACUCCCACUGGAAUAACAUUUGUCACAAAGUCAAACAAGUAUCUGAAUUAUGCGCCUAUUUUUCCCAUAAAAAUCCAACCGCGGAGCUUGAGCCACAGCAGGAUAGGAAUGUGCGUGACGCAAUCGUCGAUGAAGCCAACAAAGUCGAUAGACAUGAUAGGCUUUAUCAGCUUCCACGCGCUGAUCGGAAUGGAUAAUUUCAUCGUAUAUGAUUCCGGAAUUUCAAGCGAAUUUAACAGCAGACUAAAAGAAAUGGCGAACGAUCCAACUUCUUUUUGGAAAUUUACGUACACCGUUAUACCGUGGAAUUUCCCUUUCAUGGAGAUCGAUCAAAAUGUGAUAAGAGAAAUCAUCGAGACAGAUUGUUUAUAUCGUACAUAUAAUAAUGCCGCUUACGCCGUUACUCUCUCCUGGAAUGAGUAUGUAAAUUUAAAGUACCAUCACGCAACGAUUGAUCUGUUGGCGGAUUUCAAGCAAACCAAAUUCAGAGCCGAUCGCUACAAGCUGAAAAUUAUGACUUUUUGCACGCAACAAGCUGACAAUAAACCAUAUGCCAAUUCUACACUGACGAUAUUGAAGAAGACGAAGACCAACAUGAAUAUUCUGGAGGAUCAUUCUGUUUAUAUACACAAGCCACACGUAACAUUACAGAAUUCUCGCGUGUACGUCAAAGAAAUAGGAAAUGAUUUGAUCGCUGUGAAUCAAUAUAAGUAUUGUAAUAAUUAUAAAGAGAAACGAGAAGUAGAAGAUCUCACAAUUUUGAGAUUUGCCCAGGAUAUACAAAACUCGUCGAUUCUUAGGAAAUAUCUUGGACUUUACAAUAUGCUUGAUGCAAAUAUAAAGUGAUAUUAGAGUUUUGCGUGACUAAUCAAAUUAGUUAAUAUUCGCACAAGCUUGGAUAAUGCUCCAUUUGCAUACCAUUUUAUUCAUAUAUAUAGAUAUUUCAUAAUUAUAUGCAGUCUUUCAUACUAGGUGCCUUAAUCGUCACGUCAUAGUUAUAUACAACUAGUCAUGACAUGAUCAGCUAUUUUAAUAUUUUGUAUACAUCUCGAAUUUUGAACUUAAGCAAUAAUAAAGCAUUCUUACUUGUUACUUUCAA